AUCCCUGGGCCAGUCUCAGGGACGGUGACGGUUGGAAGCUCCGGGCCGGUUAGGAUCAGAGCGCGCGGUCGGGACGGAUGUCGGCGGUUCGGCUUGUUGCCGUGCUCCGCCGGACGGCGUGAUCAGUCCGCCGCGCGGGUUGUCAAACACCUGAAGGCGGGUUUUUGUUGUUUUUUUGUAAGUUUGACGGCGGGUGCCCGGUAGCGGCUGCAGCAGCAGCAGCGGGAAGAGGAGGAGGAGGAUGUCGAGCCCCGCGCUGCUGCCGGUGUCGAGCCGUCGCUUGGCGGCUCUGAGCCCGAGCUCGCCCGCCUCCUUCUACCCGCAUCACAGAGCCACCCUGCGGCUGUCGGAGAAAUUCAUCCUGCUGCUCAUCCUCAGCGCCUUCAUCACCCUGUGUUUCGGGGCCAUCUUCUUUCUGCCCGACUCCUCCAAGCACCGGCGCUUCGACCUGGGGCUGCAGGACGUGCUCAUUCCGCAUGUGGAGCAGGGCAGGCCGGCGGGACGGGACGGCAGCGCCGGGCUACAAGGCGGCGGAGUCAUGGUGCAUGGAGGCGGGGAGGAGCAUCAGCACCGACACAGAGAUGAAGAGGAGCAGCUUCGCAAAAUGAUUAGGGCAGAUCAUGAGAGGGCGCUUGAAGAGGCUAAGGAGAAACUGAAAAAAUCCAAAGAUCAGAUUCGUGCUGAAAUUCAGACAGAAAAAAACCGUGUGAAACAAGAUAUGAAAAAAAGAGAAGGCAAACAACUGCCACAUGUUCCUAUCCCAAAACUUGUGGGAAUCAAUAAUGGGGACCCAGGUGAUCCAGACACGAGAGAGAAACAAGAGAAGAUUAAAGAGAUGAUGAAGCAUGCUUGGGACAACUACAGACAAUAUGCAUGGGGGCACAAUGAGUUAAAACCACUCUCCAGGAAGGGCCAUACAACCAAUAUUUUUGGAAAUUCUCAGUUGGGUGCAACCAUUGUGGAUGCUUUAGAUACACUAUACAUCAUGGGUCUUUUUGAUGAGUUUCGAGAUGGGAAAGAAUGGAUUGAGAAGAACUUAGAUUUCAGCGUGAAUGCAGAGGUCUCAGUCUUUGAAGUGAAUAUCAGGUUUAUCGGAGGCUUGCUGGCUGCCUAUUAUCUUUCAGGAGAAGAGGUCUUCAAACAGAAAGCUGCACAACUUGCUGAAAAACUGCUGCCUUCCUUUAAUACACCCACAGGCAUCCCAUGGGCUAUGGUGAACCUGAAGAGUGGUGUUGGACGGAACUGGGGCUGGGCAUCUGCUGGGAGUAGCAUUUUGUCUGAAUUUGGGACACUACAUUUGGAAUUUGUCCACAUGAGCUAUCUGACAGGGGAUCCCAUCUACUACAAAAAAGUGUUGCACAUUCGGAAGUUGUUACAGAAAAUGGACAGACCUAAUGGCCUGUAUCCCAACUACCUUAAUCCAAGGACAGGGCGUUGGGGACAACAUCACACCUCUGUGGGUGGGCUAGGAGACAGUUUUUAUGAAUACUUGCUGAAAGCUUGGCUAGUAUCUGAUAAGACUGAUACCGAAGCGAGGAAAAUGUACGAUGAUGCCAUACAGGCUAUUGAAAAGCAUCUGAUCAGGAAGUCAAACACUGGCUUGACUUUUAUUGGGGAAUGGAAGAAUGGUCAUCUGGAGAGGAAAAUGGGCCACCUAACCUGUUUUGCUGGAGGAAUGUUUGCUUUAGGAGCAGAUGGGUCCCCAGAUGAUAAAGCAGGUCAUUACCUGCAGCUUGGUGCUGAAAUUGCUCACACCUGUCAUCAGUCAUAUGACAGAACAGUACUAAAGGUGGGCCCUGAAGCAUUCAAAUUUGAUGGUGGAACAGAAGCAGUGGCAUUGAGGCAAAAUGAGAAGUAUUACAUCCUCCGUCCAGAAGUGAUAGAAACCUACUGGUACAUGUGGCGAUUCACACAUGACCCCAAAUAUAGGCAGUGGGGCUGGGAGGCAGCUCAGGCCAUCGACAAAUAUUGCAGGGUAAUCGGGGGAUUUUCAGGUAUUAAAGAUGUCUAUUCUUCAUCUCCAACUUAUGAUGAUGUACAACAAAGUUUCUUCUUGGCUGAAACAUUAAAGUAUCUGUACCUCCUAUUUUCUAGUGAUGAUCUCUUGCCUUUGGACUAUUGGGUUUUUAACACAGAAGCUCAUCCACUUCCUAUUUUACGUUCAACGAACACUACUCUGUCUGGAAAUGUGGCACUUCAGUGAAGACUUCAGAAGAACUGAAGGUGAACUUCACUGUUGCAUCCUAGUGCUAGCAGGAUAAGUGCAACAAAUCUGCUCGAAAGCAAAGGAUCCUAUUGAAUAAGACUCGAACAAUUUGAGAUUAAACCGUGCCAGAAAGAUGUAGACCACUGGGAUGUACAUCGUUCAGAGCAGAAUAACAAUGAAUGUAUAAGUUUACAAAGGUGUAGUUGGCAAUCAGUACAGUACUGAAGCUGUACAAUGAUGAACUUUAUGGCAGAUAUUCAAAGAAAGCUUAACAGCACUAGGAGUAUGUAAGUAGUACAGGAUUUUGUUUCUCCUGUACUACCUGAAGCCAUUGAGAGUCACUGGUAAGAGUAUAAUAGUCUCAGUUUUUAAAAACAAAAUAGUAUCCCUUUUGUGGCAAAAUCCAUACUUGGUUCUUCCUAGCAAAAACCAGUGGAGCUUUCUAUUUUUGUAGGAAAAACCUGGGAAGAGGUUGCUUUUGAGGGUUUGUUCCAGUUCUGAUGUAGCAUUUCAUUGCAGACAUCUUGGGGUUGUUGGAAUCUUACCAGUAAAAGUGUGCUUGUGAUAUUUCUGCACUUUGCAAAUUUUCUUUACCCAUAAAGAAGCCUUUGUGUUAAUUUAAAAAAAACAUUGAUAUCGCAAUUUCACAUGUGAAGGCCCAUUUGACCUUCGGUCUUAGUUUGUUUUGAAAGAACUUUGACUUCUCAUGUAGUGUAUUUUCGGUAUUGUAAAAAGAUGUACAUUUUUUCCAGGAUUAUUCUGUUCUCAUUUUAAUUCAAAAUCUGUAAAAUUUUGUCAGUAUUGUUUUGCUAUUAUCCCCAACUGUUGGCCAAUAGUUUGAAAUUUGUUUGAAACGGGGCCAUGUACUUGUGGUAAAAUGCCUACAAGCAUGGUCAACCAUGGUUUUCAACUUGCAUUCCACUUAGAUCUUAAUGCACUCUUCAGCACCUGGAUAGAAGUCCUCACACAGUAAUCAGAACCUCCUGGAGUUUACACAUCUUUUACAGUAUUAAAGAGAAGUUGAAGAUCUGUGUUGUGGGCAUCACUUAAUCAAGUUCCGCAAAACAUUUUAAACUUGAGGUUCUUGUAAGUUGCCAGGAUGAAAGCUAGACAAAAUACUGCUUAAUUCCACUCUACAACUCCUUGCACAAGUGUAAAAUGGUAAAGCUUCCAUAUUUAUUCUAUAUACUCUGCUCCUUCUAAAUCAGUUGCUUAAAUUAUCUGAUAUUUCAGAUUUUAGUUCUAAAUUCUCACUAUGCUGUGUUAUUUAUGUUGUUUAAUUCUUUCAUUGAUGAUUCAAUUAUUUCAUACAGGAAGUGAGUUUGAAUUAUUAGGAGUAGACUGUAUAUUUCAUAUGCAAGCUAAAACACAGAUGUACUUAAUGAUUAAAAACUGAAGAUGUUUUUGUUGCUACAUUAUCCAGUAUUUAGUUUCUUGAUCAGAGGAUUAAUGCCCUUUCUCCUCUCUCCUCUUUUUUUUCUAGAACAGCUUGUAAACUAAACAUAUGUAAGAGUUUCAGGGAAUGAGAAAUUCUUUUAUGUUCCACUAAGUGAACUGAUAUUUCUAAAUUUGCCAAUUCUAAAUAGUGGAAAAAGAUAUUGUUGUCUUUCCACUUUCUCUGACCUCAAUAUGUUUUAAAAAAAAGUAUAGACCUGCUUUUCCCUAGGUACGAGUGUAGUCAAGUGACAGACCUUUUUAGCAGUUGGUCACUGAGAUGUAUAACAGCAAUCCAAAUUUCCCCUUGAUUCCAUUUCUGAUAAACUGCUGUCCAUUUAAUAUCGCUUGGCGGUUACUUACAAGCUGACAUAGCAACCGUCUGUCUCAGUCUGUCAGUUUUCCGUUACAACAUUGAAACAGGAGUAAGCUGUUUGGCCGCCUCAAUGUUUUUGCCAUUCACUGAACGUAAUACCUUUUGUUAAUAAAAGUCAGUCUGUCUCAGAUUUAGAGUUAAAGAUUAAUGUAAAUUAUCAGUUGUUGUCUGUGGUAAAGAAUUCUAAACUACCACCCAUUGUGUAUAGUUUAAUUCACUCCUGAAAGGAUUAAGUGUCACUAAGGUCCACAAGCACUAAAAAUAGUCUCUCACUGACUGUUCUAUUUGUUCCCCUUAUAUCCAGUACAUUUUGAUUGUCAUCCCUUGACCUUCAAAUUCCUGGGAAAUAUACCCACAAAGCUCUUGUGAUCUUUCAUAAUUUAAACCCUAGAGUCCAGAUAUUAUAAAUCAACUUGCAGUUGUUCCAAGGUUAAUAUUUCUCCCUCAAAAAUACCAACCUAUUUUUGUUUGCAACAGCAAUUGAGUUAAUGGAAAAAUGGCUCAUUAGUGGUGCAUGUUUUAACAGUAUAGUUACAACCAUUUUCAAAUUGCAAAAAGCAUGGUGAAAAUGGUAAAUGAUUUUGUUUCUCUCUGAAUCUCUUUUGCACUGUCUAUUCUCUUUCCUGUUUGAUGCUCACUAUAUAUUUCUACACAUUCACUUUGUUUUUGUUUUUAUGAUAUCCAGUUGAUGCCAUUUGUAUGUCAUUCAAUGUUUCUUUAUUCUUCAAUCUCUCUGCAUGUUUUCCAAAUUGAUGUGCACUUCUGCCCCAAAUCUGUUUGAAUCUUUCCAACUAGGUUUCCUCCUCUCCUGCAGUACUUAAUCAGCUGUAGCCAAAGCCACAGAUGGCACUCUGUAUGGUGCAUAAUAUAUACGUGUUCUUGAGUUCACUGCAACCUUUAACAUGAUUGUGCACACCAAUGUCUCUCCUCCAAAGUACAGCUUAAUUCCAUACUUGCAUAUUGAAUAACACAGACUACUACCUGCAUGACUGUAACAUUUGCAAGCCUCCACUUCUAUUUGUCUGCCUAUCUGCCACUGAAUUCUCAUCUGAUUCUUUCACCUUUUGUAAUAUAUCCAUCUUUCAAAUGACAUCAUAUUGUCAAUUAUUUUGAUGCCUUUGUGAAUUAGCAUGGGUGUUUUUUUCAAUAUUAAAUGCUAGCUGUUGCUGGAUUGAUUGGAAAUCUAAUACUCUGCCUCUGUUCCCUACAAUCUGGAGUAGCAAAUAAGAAAGCAUUUCUGAUCUGGAACCCAGGUGGGCAUCUGUAGCUAUACUGUUCCACUUUGAUAAUAUCAAAAUGGUUCAUUUUCUGUAAAAUAAUUAUUCAUGAGACCUAAUUGUACAUUGAGUGAAUUCUGUAAAGUAUGUACAGAAGUUGAAUGCUAUUCAACUGUUUGCUUUUAACAGAAAGAUAAUGCACAAUUAUUUGUGUAUUCCUGUUAUGUGUAGCUAACUAAUUUCAUAUUAAUCAUGCAAGUUACAGUAGUUCAGUAGAAUUGAUUUUCCAUGAAUUCUGGUAAUGUGAUUGUUUCCAAGCCACAGAUUUUUUUUGAACCUGUGUAGAGACCAAAUUUAUUUGUUGAAACUGUUUACAUCAGGGAUUAAGUUCACAUCAAAGAAAAUUUCUAUGAAUUCAUCCAAAGCACAGACUCUGGUCUUCUCACAGCGGAAUCUUUUAAUUUUCUGCUAGAUCUUUUUCUGCAGAUGUGCUGGGAGUACAGGUAGACUAAAAAUAAUGUGUUAAUCAAUUGUUAGAGAUGCAGCAGAACACUAGUUACAAAAUCAAAUCAUGAUGAUCGACUGUGCUAAUGUAUUUGUGUAAUUUCAACUCCUUCCUUUCAUUUAUCUGAGGAAGUACAUUGGUGUCCAGUACUCAAUUUCUGCAUGAUGUACAAAUACUAAUUGUGUUUGAAACAAAGUGACUUUUGCCAUGGCCUACAGUGAGAGAAUACUACUUUCCAUUAUAGUUCUCAACUGAAUUAAACAGAAAACAUUCUUCUAAAAGGGUGUAUACAAAUUAAAAAUUUGGUAUCUUUGAGUUUAGUGCACAACUGUUGUUCCAAGCUAUUUUCAAAAAGUGCUAGAGAAGAAGAGGGCAUCGUGGAAAACAAAUCAUUGUGUUAUUAAAUGCAUCUUGUUUAAUUUGACUCAAAAUACAAAUGAAGUACUUGCUGUUUUUGUA